UUGACUAUCAGUAUUGAUAGCAAUGUCAACGAUCAAUGGGUUUGCCAUUAAAGAGGACAUCAUUUAUGGCUUAAUAUAUAAUUAUUAAUAGACAGACAAACAUACAGACCAUGAAUGUGCCGACGGGCGACCCGGAAGCCAAUCUGGAUGCCAACCAAAUGCUUACCGAACUGGACAAAGGUUUACGGUCGGCAGUAUUGGGCGACCAGUGCGAGUCAAUUGUCCGAUUUCCGUUUCUGAUGGAGCGCUACCCGUUCCCGAUAUUGAUCAACUCGGCCUCAUUGAAACUAUCGGAUGUCUACCGAACCGGAUCCAAUUUUUUACGUGUCCUCAUAUUGCACGUAAUGCGCGAAAGUGAAAAACAUUUGGACAAAAUUGUUAACAUCGAUGAAUUUGUUCGCCGAUUGUUUUCGGUCACCUACUCGAAUGAUCCGUUGGCCCGAACCAUAACUCUGAAGACAUUGGCCACUAUGGCCCGUAUUGUCUGCAAUCGUAAAUCAAUUCAUCAUUAUAUCCGUAAUAGUUUGGACUCGAAUGACCAGUUGGAAGUGUUGGCCGCCAUUGAAGCCGCUGCUGCUUUUGCCGACAAGUCUACGGAAUUUGCGGCCAAUAUUUAUCCGAAAAUCUUUUCGAUGAUCAACGGAUUGACGACUCCGUUGGAAACCAAAGCAAAGCUUUUGUUAGUUUUAUAUAAUAUUCAUUUUGAUUGCGAAGUCGCCGACAAAGUCCGACAAAAUUGUUUGCAAAUGCUUGAGACGUAUCCGUCUGAGGAGUUUGUCUGCAGUGAUCUUCAUGUGCUGACACACAUUGCAUCGGUUUCCUUAACCCAAAUACCAGAUCAGAUUCAAGUAUUGCUCGACUACUUUAUUAACGAUCCUCGAAAUAAUGUCAAACUAUCGGUUUUAUCUGAUUUGAAAUCAUUGGCCACAAGUCGUCCACAUUUGUGGCAAAAAGAAAGUACUUCGGCAUUGGUCGACGCUAUUGUCAAUCUGAAGAAUAGGAAAACUAGUAAAAGAGAUACAAAAUUGUUGUGUCGAUCGCUGUCUGUUUUGUCACAAUUGACUGCAUCGCCGACACUAUUCUCCGAUGAACCGCAAUAUUACAGUGAAAUGAGUGUCAAAAUUAUUAAUAUUUGUAUUACAAGUGUUUAUUGCGAACAAAGUAUUGAACUGAUCUCGACUUGUAUUUCAAUUUUGACAAACAUUUCGCUGAAUUUGAACACCAAUUUCUUGGUCAAUAUCGAUGUUAUGCAAGAAACAUGUUGUUGUAUACAAUCGUUUCUAUUAUCACAUAUGACCACCGAUGACAACUACAGCGAAAUCGAUAGAUUGUCACUGAAGAGUGUUUUCCAAUGUAUUCAUAGUCUGUGUCGUUCGCAAAAAUUAUCAUCGAUUACACAGAUAACGGAAUCGUUAAGAUUUGUCAUAAUGACUGUCAAAAUUGAUUCUCUAUGGUUUGCAAUGGCAUCUGAGGUAAUCUGUGCAAUCAAUUCCACAGUUUCAACCAACGAGACAUUUGCUACCGGCGAUGAUAUACUCGAGCUAAUCAAACUGAGUGCAAAACAAUCAAUUGAAGACAGCAAACGAUCGCCAAAUGAAAAUUCAAAUUUUUCAAAUCUGCUAUCAAUUUAUUUUCAAUUGAAUCUACAGAAAGGGACAAACAUUGAUGAAUUGAUGGCCAACGAGUUGUUAGGACUGAUGAAAGGCCGUGAUUUGUGGAGUUGUUUCAAAAUUGUCAGACAAGCUAUGCGUUACGGCCAACAUCUGAUGGCGUCAAUGAUUUUAGACAAACUGGUCACUUAUAUGGAACCGAUUGAAAGUAUUCAUUUCUGGAUCAAAAGUUUGGUUAAUAUAUCGAAAGCCGAAAGCUUUUUGAUUAAAGAUUCGGCCAGUGAUCUGAAUAAAAGUUUGCGAACAUCGAUAGCACUUUAUAUCGAAGGACUAACCCAUUUAAAGGCAUCGAUUUCGGUGAACAAUCCGAUGAGAUUUGAAUGCGAAUUCGUUAAACUACGGCUAAAAUAUCUACAAACCCAUCAAUAYUUUCAACAAUGCUGUCGACUGAUACAGACAUCGCCGCCGCCGGCAAUUGCCGCCUCGACAGCGUUGACCACUCGCGACGAUCUGCUAAAGUGCGGUAAUAUAGUGGUUGCAAUGCGCAAGAGUGCCAAAGAGUUUCGAUCAAUGGCCGAAUCCUAUAGUCUACUGUAUCAGUCGUCGUUCAACGCCGACGACAACACACUGUCACAGUUGCAGUUAAUACAAAACAGUUGCGUAAUACUGGCCGAAGCCAUCGAGAAUCUGUUCCAAAGUAAUCGACUCAAUGCAAUGGUUGUGUCCAAAGAUAAUCCAUUUGAAACAAAAACAGAAUUAUCAUCCACUCAUUGUCUACCAUUAGAACAUAAAUCAAUGAUCGAAGUCUGCAGUACUGUCUCGACAUUGAUCCACAAGAACUUUGUGGUAUCAUCGCUGCAAACACCCAAUGAAACGAUUGGCAGCAAACAGAUACAACUGUUGCAACAAAUCAGUGUACAGAUGGUUCGGGCGCCGCUAUCUUUUCCCCGCUUUUACUUUCAGUCCGUACAGAAUACGUGUAUUAAACUGGCGGUCUCUCCGCAACCGAAAUCUGGCGAUUAUCUGACAUUGCAUACGAACAGUCAUUUUGCGCUCCGUAUCGAAGGCGUUGUCAUCAAUACGAAAACCCAGAAACAAAUCCGUAAAGUCGGCAAAGUAUUGAUUUCGGUUAAUGCAGUACUCAUUACUCGGGCCGCCAAUGCCAACAACAACAGUGAACAACAACUGCUGAUGAAGAGCACCGAUACUAACGUAGCCCAACAAUCAGUGGUCUAUCCUCUUAACGACUACUUUCAGGUUCAGUUUCUGUUGUUGUUGCCGAUCGCUGGUCUCUACUCUGUCAACAUCGAGACCUCCAUUAUCGAUGAGAAUGAGUCCCAAUGGAAGACCGGACCUAAUAUGUCGCUAUCGGCUAAAGUCAUGGACGACCAGAGCUCUAAAUAG